AGCGCUUUCCCAAAAACUCGCCCCCGAGAAUACUGGCCUGGACGUUUUUAGCCAUGUCCAUGAUAUGUGUUCCUCUACUUUUUUUCAAAACAUGGAUUCAAUGACUUCGUUCCAGUUUCACGAGUGCAGAUAUCGUUUAUCAGUAGCUAAUGUCAGUCAGUGAUAUCUGUCGGUGUUGUUUGUUGCUCAAUCGGUGCUGUACCACAGGUGUGCCUCAGAAACACAUGGGAACAGUUUAUUAACUUUAUGAAUUCCUCUUCAUAAACAGACAUUUGAAUGAACUCUACGUCGAAAUGAAGAACCCGUUUCCCCUCUUUUUAUUAUUUUUUCAUCUGGAAGGUGUGUUUGAUGAUGUAACACAUGGAGAGAAGACAGUGUUAGCGAUGGAGGGAGAUUCUGUCACUCUACAUACUGAUGGUAUUGAAAUACAAAGAGGUGUGUUUGAUGAUGUAACACAUGGAGAGAAGACAGUGUUAGCGAUGGAGGGAGAUUCUGUCACUCUACAUACUGAUGGUAUUGAAAUACAAAGAGGUAAUCUGAUACUGUGGAUUUUUGAGGACACUCGUUUAGCUCAAAUGAUUUUGGAGACCAGUAAGCCCGUAUUGUACAAUGGUGAAGAUAAGAAAUUCAGAGGCAGUCUACACAUGGAUGAACAAACUGGAUCUCUCACCAUGACAAACGUCACAACCGAACACUCUGGAUUUUAUGAACUGGAGAUCCACGGCACUAAGGUGUUUUCCAAGAAAUUCAACGUUUCAGUCCAAGCUCGUCUGCCGGUUCCUGUGAUCACCAGAGACUCUUCUCAAUGUUCUUCAAGCUCUAAAUGUGUGUUGGUGUGUUCAGUGGUGAAUGUGACACAGGCGACUCUCUCCUGGUACAAAGGAAACAGUUUAUUGUCCUCCAUCAGUGUGUCUGAUCUCAACAGCAGUCUCUCUCUACCUCUGGAGGUGGAAUAUCAGGAGAACAACAUCUACAGCUGUGUGAUCAACAAUCCCAUCAGAAACCAGACUAAACAUCUCAACAUUACUGAAGUCUGUCAGAUGUGUUCAGCACCGGGUCUGUCCUCCGUUUAUAUAGUGCUGAUAUGCGUUUGUGUCCUGGUGCUGUUUGUCAUUGGAGUGGUUUACUGUUACCACAAGAAGUGUAAAAAAGAUAAAAAAGAUCAAGAAGGCCAACCUGCUGAAGAAUGUUUUCAGCUAACUAAUGGUUCAGUCCCUGGCAAUGAAGCUGAUGAGCGGGAUGAUGCUGGGGUGGAGACACCUAAUCAGGAGAUCGAUUCACAAAAGAUUACGAUUCCUGAGGAAGAUGAUGAUGAUGAUGAUGACAAUAUCUUUUCAAAUGAUGGUUCAGUCCCUGGCAAUGAAGCUGAUGAGCGGGAUGAUGCUGGGGUGGAGACACCUAAUCAGGAGAUCGAUUCACAAAAGAAUACGAUUCCUGGGGAAGAUGAUGAUGACAAUAUCUUUUCAAAUGAUGAUGUGGAUGUGUCUGAUGCUGAGAGAGAUAAAAUGAAGACCUUGUCAGUAAAGGAGGGAGAUUCUGUCACUCUGCAGACUGGGGUUACUGAAGGACAGGAAGGCCAGUUGAUUCGGUGGAAGUUUGCUGCUUCCAAAGGAUGUGAUGAAACUGGUUUAUUUUGUGUCAUAGCUAAAUGGAACAGAACGAAAAAUGAGGAAUUCUUAAAUAACAAAGGAAUAUUCAAAAACAGACUUUCGCUAAACAACCAGACUGGAUCUCUCACCAUCACAAACAUCCGAGUCCAAAACGCCGGGCAUUAUAAACUACAGAUCACCAGCAACAGAAAUACGUUUCGCACAAAGACAUUCAGUGUUUCUGUCAGUGCCUCUGCAGAACACAGAGAGGAAGAUCCAAAUGAGACUGUCUUGUCUUUGAUAACAGAAGAGGAUCCCAACGACACUGGUUUUGAAACAAUGUAAAGCCACAUUCCAUAUUAUUUUUACAUUUAUCAGCCUCUAAAAUCCCCCCUGUAUAAAUGAGUGCUAGCUGCAGAGGUGUAUUGUAACACGCUACAUUUACUUGAGUCAAUUUUUGACUCCAGCCAGGUCAUCUAAGCCUGCAAAUUGCCCCGGUUGCUAGGGAGGGUAGAGUCACAUGGGGUAACCUCCUCAUGGUGGUGAUUAGUGGUUGUCGCUCUCAAUGGGGCGUGUGGUGAGUUGUUUGUGUAUCGUGAAGAGUAGCAUGAGCCUCCACAUGAUGUGAGUCUCCACGGUGUCAUGCACAAUGAGUCACGUGAUAAGAUGCACGGAUUGACGUGGAGGAGACUUGUCCUCCGCCACCCGGAUUGAGACGAGUAACCGCGCCACCACGAGUACCUACUAAGUAGUGGAAAUUGGGCAUUCCAAAUUGGGAGAAAUGGGUAUAAAUGAGCUGAAGCGCUCAAAACAAACAUUAUCUUUCAUCACGCAAUGUCUUCAUUUUACACCACGUCGAGCAGAUAUUUCAAGAUUAAACUUGCAGCUUUAAACUUAAGAAAACUCGUUGCGAUGAUGAGUUUUGGCGAUUGUGAUAACGUGAGCUUGCCUGUGUUGUGGUGUUGGUCAUUUUCAGGGUGAUUUUGUAACUAUAGGCUCUUAUACAUUUUUAAGUAUAUAUUUUCAUAUCAGUACUGAAAUAAAUCGGUGUCUACUGUAUAAAUCCAUUAACUCUUCUACCGACCUCUGGCUAGCUGUGUAUGAAAUCAACCAGUGUGUUUGUUGAGCUUCGAAACACAAUUAAAGUGCUUCUUUUGAUUUGGUAAUAGGAAAACAUACUUAUGGAAGCUUUGCAGACCGCUCUGUUCAAUGAUUAAGCCUUGAUCUUUUCUUUUUUAACUCUGUUAGUAUUAGAUUUCAUACCUAUUACUCCAUGCAUGUAUCAUGAUGGUUGUUUGUUGACUACAAAAUUUACAAACUUAUUUUAAAGUGAAAUUGGAAACAGUAGGUUGAUUUUCUUUAGCUGAAAUCUGAAGUCUGUACUUACCGAAAUGUGAAACACUGCCCCCAGUGGCCAAAGCGGUAACUGUUGUUGGGUUCAUGGGCAGGUGUGAGUAGAGGCCUGCACGGGCCUUAAAAUGAAAUGUUUCAUGGGAGGGGGAGCUCCAUUUUCUAGUGAACUGACCAAGGAGGGGUGCCAAAAGCCAAACCCUAGCCACAGGGGGAGGUAAACAGUUGAGCUGAUGCAAAAAUGUCUGAAAGGAGAUGCCGCUUGUCAUGAGUUGGCAUCAUGUGACCAAUCCUAGGGUACCGCCACUCUUGGAAACAACAUGUCGACUUUCUGUGUGGCCAUGUUGAAACUUUAAAGGUCUUAAGAAAAUUUCACAUUGAAUCAUUUCAGAUAUGAAGGGACCAAGACCCCAAUGAGAUGAGGUAUAGUUAGGUGACCUCCCAGAUAGCACACGUACGUCUCCAAGGAGUCUGAUUGAGAGCGUUUCAUCUGGAAAGCAUUGCAUUCAAAUUGUCAUCUGCUAAACAUCUUAAAAGGAACAUCUGCUGAAUGUUUUAUUGACAUCCAAGAGGAAACAUGUUAUAGACAUAUUGCAGAUGAGUAAACAACCUAAAAAUUAAGUCUUCUAGAUGUAAACACAAACGUUAAAUAGACGUCUAGGUGAUGUAUGUGUGCUAUCAGGGCUGAGUGUGCAAUACAAUGUGAAAAAAUAUUUUUCUUUUUGUUUUUUUACACUACACCAGCACUUAUUUGGACCACAAUGGACUUGUUUAGAAAAGAGCUUUUUUUUACUCUUGCAUAAUGGUGCAGCACACUAAUCUCAGUAUGGGAAGCAUUAAAAGCAUUACGUGUUAAAAUACUGCAUUACUGCCUGUUUGGCAGCUUUACCAGUUUUGUCUUGUUUCUUGGGGAAUAUAAAAAAAAAACACUUGAACUUUUGUGCAGCAUGUGAUCAUGUGAAUCAAAAUUGGCGAGGAUUAGACUUAUUCUGUGGGAAUCCAACAACAUUUCAACUCAGAGAAACCAUGAAUCCACAAAUGUGAUGGAAGACCGGACCUAAAUCCCAUAUAUCACAAACAUCUGAGGAAGUCUUGUUUACGUGCUGCUGACUGCCUCAAACAAAGCACUCAUCUUAUAUGUGUGUCAUGCUAUGAAUCUCAGAAAUGUGGGCAGUGCUCUUUGUUGUUGUCUGCUAAAUUGUAAAUAAAACUUUGUGUCUGAUAAAUACCUGUGCACUCUGACUCCUGGUCCAUAAGCGAGCCAUUUGAGCUAGAGACUUGGUGGACUGAGCUUGAGACUUAUCAUGGCCCAUUCAGCCCCCGGUUCACGGCCGGCCCACCAGGAAAAUUCCCAAACUUACCAAUGGCUAGUCUGCGCCUGAUGUAGGCUACACAUCUGUACUACUAUUCUAUAAUCUUAUUGUAUGAUCUUCUUUACAACCCUCUUGUAGACAAGCUGUGUUACAAGUCUCUUUAUAAACUAAAUACACUGUGAAUGAGAAUUGAAUAUGAGUUUUUAUCAAAUAAUAAAA